AUGACUGUCUCACUCAAAAAACAACAAAAAAUUAUCUCUGGUUUAUCUGAAACCGUAAAACAUCUUGGUUAUGACAUUCGUGAAGUUCGAGAUGGGGUCGCGAGAAGUAGUAAUGCGGGAUCUGGUACAUCCAAAACGCCUCAAAAUUAUACUGGCAUCAUUUUCGAACUGUGGGAAGAAAUUGAUACAUUAUUCAAUGAGAAAAAGCGUGUCGAAAAGCAGUCCAUGGCAAGGCUAUACCCCAAGACAUUGGAUGCAUUAAAGUUAUGGGUAUCGAAACAGAAUGAGGUGAUAGAUACUGAACCGGAAAGUGAGGAGGAAGAAGAAAUAAAUCACGAUAGCUAA